AUGUUCCGAGUGAUAGUGAAAGGGGUGGCCGUAGGAGGGCAGGACAGUGACAGGGACAGCAGUCAGAGGGAUGGUAGCUCGUAUGAGGAAGAUAGCUUAUCCAAGGGGAGUGAGGAGAGUGAAGAGAGUGAGGAGAGCGAAGGGAGUGAUGUGACAGAGAGUGUGGAAGAUGGUGAUACUAUGGAGGAUAGUGAUAGUAUGGAGGGGAGUGAGGCGGUGAGCAGGAGUGCAGCGAGCAGGAGCAGAGGAGGGUACAGUGAUGAUGUUGUGCUUAUAGAGGUGGUGACUGUAACAGGGUCUCGAACCAGUGGGACCCGGGAAGACUUGUCGAGCGUGCGAGGGAUGAGUGAGAUUGGGAGUGAGAUGGGGAGGAGUGAGAUGAGUAGGAGGAAGAGAGCGGGGAGUGAGAGUAUGGGGAGUGAUACAGAUGGGACAGAGAUGGAGGCAAGUGAGUCGGGCAUGAGUGGGAGCGAGGAGAGUGGGAGUGAGGGGAGUGGGGAUGAGGAGAGUAGGAGUGAGGAGAGUGGUAGUGGAGGGAGCAGCAGGAGUGGAAGUGAUGAGAGUGAGGGGAGUGAGAGUGAGGGUAGUGAGAGUGAUGGCGAUGAGAGUGCAAGUCACAGCUCAGCAGUGUCUGGAACAUAUGACUCCCACUCCCACACCAUUCACAGAGCAGUGAGGGUUCCGAGUGGCGCUGCGUCAUUGGCGGAUGCGAUGCGGUCGCCUGGAUGGAAGAGACCCCUCACUGUGAAGGUGGGGGGUAGCUCCCAAGAGCCUAGUUCAGAGGAAGAGGAGGUGGAGGAGGAGGAGGAGGAGGAAGAGGAUGAUGAUGAGGAGGAAGGCAGUGAGGGUGUUACUGCAACUGAGGAGGAGGAGGAGGAGGAGGAGGGAAGCUCAAUUGAGGAUGAGGAUGAAGAGGAGGAGGAGGAGGAGCAGGAGGAGAGUGUGUUUACAGACAAUAGGAGCUCAGAGGGACAAGGGAGUUUAGAGAGCGACAGGAGGUCAGAAAGUGAGAGGGGAUCAGAAGGGGAAGAAGACGAAGAGGAGGAGCAGGAGGAGAGUGUGUUUACAGACGACAGGAGCUCAGAAGCAGGGCAAAGCACAGAAAGUGACAGGCGUUCAGAAGGGGAUAGGUCAGAGGGUGACAGGUCAGAGGAGGAUGGGAUGUCAGAGGGAGAGGAUGAUACCGAGGAAGAAGGAGGGGAGAGUUUUGGGAGCGAGGAGGAGGAGAGGGCGGCAAAGAUGCUUCGAGCAGAGAGCAAGAGGCGGUUUGAUGCAGUGCUCGGGCAGCUGAAGGGGCAGCUGAAGGUUCUGUCGCAGCAGGAUUCACAGGGGAGCGGGCAGUCUGAAGGCAGUGAGGGGAGUGGGGAGGGGAGUGAGGAGGGGAGUGAGGAGGGGAGUGAGGGAUUUUGGGGGUCUGAUAGGAGUGGAGUGGGUGUGGGAGAUGGGAGGAGAGAGGAGGAGGAGAGUGGGGAGGGUGAGGAGGAGUAUGAGUCGGCGAGUGAGAGAGGGGAAGAGUCGCAAGAGGAGGAUGAGUAUGGUUCCAGAAGUGCGAGUGAGAGAGAGAGUGAGAGGGAGAGUGAGAGCGAAGGAGGAAGGCACGAGGAGGAGGAGGAGGAGUGGGUGGAGGAAGAAGCAAGGGAUUCGGUUAGGAGUGGUUCGGAGGAAGCCUGGGUGCACGGCAGUGAGGAGGAACAGGAUGAUUCAGAAGAAGGGGAGGAGGAGGGGGGAGGGGGAAGGGAAGAGGAGGAGGAGGGGGAGGGGCAAAGGGAGAGGAGGAGGACGACUGGGUCUGCUGCCAGCACUCCACAGAGCACGGGAGGGUCCUCUGGAGGGUCUACCCCCCACAGUGCAAUCGCCGUUACCACUAGCGCGUCUGAUAUGGCUGGCCCUCGGCCUACAGGUGAGUUUCCCUCUCCCUUUUACCGGCCAUCAUCCCCUGGUUCUGCUUCUGCUGCGCUUGCUGCUUCUGCACCUGGAGCGCCUGUGUCUGCUUCGCCUGUGCUUGCUGCCGCACCUGCAUGUGCUUCGCCUGGCCCUGCUGCCUCUGCUGCUCCUCUUCCUCCUGCUGCUGCUGCCUCCGUUGUUGCCCCUCCUGCUGGCUCGACUGUUGCCCCUCCUGCUGCUGCCUCGGUUGUUGUCCCUCCUGCUGGCUCGGCUGUUGCCCCUCCUGCUGCCCCUCCUGCUGCCUCUGCUGCUACUGUCUUUCUUCUCCUCCUCACUACCCACCCCAUCCGUCCCAGCAUCCUCCCCCUCCUCCCCAGUAUUCCCCUUCUCCAUCCACCCCAGAGUUCUCUCCCCUUCCCUUGUCACCCCCCUGAACCCAUCCCCUCUAUCCUCCACCCAAUGGACCCACGUGCACAUCCAGUUUCCGUGCCUCCUCACACUACAACCUCUCCACCUGCCCUUACAACAGCCUCUCCCACCACCUUUGCUACAGCCGCUCCUACCACCACCCAUGCUAAAGCCUCUCAUCGCCCCCAAUUUACUGCUGCUCCCUCUCCUGCAGUCCUCCACCCUCUGGACCCACGAGCUCAGAAGCCGCUGCCAGCACAGGUGCCUAAAAAGACUCAAGGGCUUCAAGUGACUGAAGGGGACGAAAGGACUGAAGGGGCCCGGGAUGGGGUUUUCCCCGUAGGCGCUCUGGUGCAUGGAUUGUCGGCUGACUCUGAUACCAUGUCGGCUGGAUCCAGGCACGAUGCCUAUGCUGAUGCUGACGCUCCUACUCAUGCCGGCGCUGGUGUUGAUGCUGGUGCUGUUGCUGAUGCCGAUGUUGAUGAGAGUGGGAAAGGCAAGUAUGGUGGUGGUGCAGGGUUGGUCCCUCCGGCCUUAGUCCCCGGUGGUGCAGGGAGCUCUCAGGGCUCCAGCCGGCCCGAGUCAAGGGAGUCAACAGAGUCAACCAGGGCGAAUGAGUCACCUGAGAAAGCUGUAUCAACGGCAGUUGGUGCAGAAAGAGGAGGGAUGGAAAGAGGGGUGGAAAGAGGGGUGGAGAGGGGUGUGGAGAGAGGGGAAGGAGUGGUAGCGACAGAGGCAUGGGUGCUUGCAAGCAUGCGACAAAGAAAGAGGCUACAAGGAGGCUCGGAACAAGGCUCGGAUGGAGGCUUGGAAGAAGGUUUGGAGGGAGGCUUGGAAGGUGGUCAGGAUGAAAGUCCGGUACAGCUGCCUGGGAGGGGUAGUGAGUGUGGGGUAGUGGGGAGGGAGGAGAGUUUUGUGGCGGAUAGUGGUUACAAGGGGAGUGCAUUUGAGGGAGAAGGGGGUGAGGGAGAGAGAGAGGGUAGUGAAGGGGAUGCAAGGGCGAGUGAGGCGGAGAGUGUGAGUGGUAGUGGAGAAGAGAGCAGGAGCAGUGUGGGGGGGAGUGAUUAUGGGAGUGAGGCUGAGAGUGAUGUUGAGAGUGAGGGGGAAAGUGUUGAUGGAAGUGGUCUGAGCGCGGAAGGAAGUGAGGGAAGCAGUGAGGAGACAGGGAGCAGUGAGGGAGAGAGUGAGGGAGGGAGUGGGGAGAGUGAGGAGGAGAGUGGGGAGGAGAGCGGGGAGGAGAGUGAGGGUAGUGUGACGGAGACAGAUGCAGUGACCCGAUCCAGCUACUCAGGGAGUGAGGGAGAGGAGUCAGAGAAAGAGGAUGGGUCGAGCGAAGGGGAGAGUGAGAGUGGGGAGAGUGAGAGUGGGGAGAGUGAGAGUGGGGACAGUGAGAGUGGGGAGAGUGCGAGUGGAGAGAGUGAGAGUGGAGAGAGUGAGAGUGGAGUGAGUGAGAGUGAGGAACUAAGUACAGUAGGAACGAUGAGUGUGGCACGGGAGGGAGGAGCGGCGGGUUCAACAUAUGCUGAGACAGAAACCGAGGCAGAAACAGAGACAGAAGCAGAUGGGAGGAGUGAAAGGGUGGGGUUGGAGGUGGAUGGAGAGAGUGUGGUGACAGAGGAAGGGGUGCUGAUAGAGGUGGCGAGUGUGGCGAGUGUGGUGGGGAGGGGGAGUGUGGUGGGGAGGGGGAGUGUGGUGGGGAGGAGUGAGGGAGUGAGGGUAGACAGUCUGCUGAUAGAGGUGGAGAGUGUGGCUGGGGGGGAGAGUGUGGCGGGUGGAGGGAGUGUGUUUGGAGGGGAGAGUGUGGUGGGAGGAGGGAGUAUACUGGGAGAAGAAGAUGUGAUUCUUGAAGGGGGAGAAGAGGAAGCAGAGGGAGCACGCAGUAGGGAAGGAAGCGAGCCGGACAGGAGCGUGGGAAGUGAGGGAGUGGAAGAACAUGGGAGCGAGGAGAGUGAGGAAGUGGAAGAAAAUGAGAGUGAGGGGAGUGUGUGGAGCGAACAUAUCAGCGGCGGGGAGGGGUUGGGUGGUGAAAGAGGGAGUAUCGUCGGGAGUGGAAGUGAGAGAGAGGAGGCUGCGAGUGAGGGAAUGGUGAGUGUGAAGGAUGAGAGCCACUACGAGAAGCUCAGUGGUAGUGGAAGUGAAUCGGGGUCCAAAGAGGAAGUGGAAGAAGAGGAAUUGCCUGUGUCAAUGGCAGCUGAAAAAGUGACAGCAGCAGCACCUCUGAGUCUUGAUGAAAAUCUCAGUGAAGUAUCGGCAGAAUCUGAAGAGGAAGUGGAAGAAGAGGAAGUGCCUGUGUCAGUGGCAGCUGGAGAUGGCACACCAGCAGCACCUGCACUGGUAGCGGCAGCAGCAGUGGCAGUAGCACCAGUUUCAGCAGCAGUAGCAUCAGCAGCUGAGCCGGUAACAGUGGCAGCACCAGCAGAGCCAGUGGCAGUAGCAGCAGCAGUGCCUGCUACUGCAGCAGCUGCCAAGCCUGCGGAUGUGGCAAAGCCUGCUGACGUGGUGAAACCUGCUGACGUGGCACAGUCUGCUAACGUGACCAAGGCUGCUGCUGCAGCAAAGGCUGCUGACGUGUCGCUGGCAGCACUGAUGGCAAGGACACCCGACGCGAGGCCGGUGACUCCGGUGCGGCACAGGACGUGGCUGGAGGUGCUGCAGAGCCAUGCGGUGCUGUCAGAACUGAUGACGGAGCAGGACAUGGGUGCGCUGCAGUUCCUGUGCUCCGUGGACUUCUACAAGUCGCAACACAGCAUGGAUUUCCGCGUGGACUUUCUCUUUGACGCCAAUCCGUUCUUCACCAAUGAAUACCCUUUCCUCGGACAUUCCGUCAACCUCGGCAUCUCCUAUCUUUGCUCGCCUCACUCCCAUGCCUUCUGCCUCUCCUCUCAACCUGCCAGCACCCCCAUAGCAUGGCAACCAGGCAGGGACUUAACUAAGCGUCGCACGGGGUGGUUCGGCUGGGCUGCUGCCACUCUCACGCAGGGAGGGAAGGGAGGCGGUGCUGGUGCGGGUGGUGGCAGGAGCAGCUUCUUUACACUGUUUGCCUCUCGACCUGCCCUCUCUGCUUCUGAAGCCAACGAGGAGGCUGUGCGCAUGAAGAUGCUGGAGGAAGCCGCUCUCACCAAUGGUCUCCUGGACUUGCUCCGCUGGUACACUGUUAAGUCGCUGGGGGGUGGAGAGGAGGAAGAGGUGGAAGAGGAGGAAAAAGAAGAGGAGGAGGAAGAGGAGGAGGUGGAGGAGGAGACGAAGAAAGCUGGGGGAGCUGAAGCUGUAAUGACUUUGGAGACGUCUCAAAAAGCGAGUCCUGCAGGGAAGCAGGCAGAUGGCCGUCCUAGUAUCGAGGAGGAGGGAGAGAGAGUGGAAGACGGAGAGAGUGUGGCUAUGCGGCAGGAUGCGGGAGAGAGUAGGGAGGAGUUGAGAAUAGGGCGAAUGGUGGGGGGAGAGAGUAGGGAGGAGUUGAUUCAACGGGAGGUGGAAAAGAAGCAAGGAGGAGAAGAAGAGGAGGAGACAGAAGUGAGUCAAAGAGAGGAGGAAGAAGAGGGGGAAGAGGAGGAGAGUGGAAUGAUUGUAAAGGACCAAGGCACGUUUGAAAGGGAUGGGGAGAUGGAGAGGGUAGGAAGGAGCAGAGAGGAAGAAGGGGCGAACUUAAGGGAGGUGGAGACGACGACAGGGAAAGCAGCAGACGUAGCAGGGACGGAGAUCGAAGGUGUAGGGGCGGAGAUUGAGGGUGUGGGGGCGGAGAUUGAGGGUGUGGGGGCAGAGAUUGAGGGUGUGGGGGCGGAGAUUGAGGGUGUAGGAUUGGGUUUGAAGGGAGAGCGUGCAAUGGUAGUGGCAGCAACAAGUGAUGCAGAGGGGGGGAGUGAGAAGGGUGAGAGUGAGACGGGUGUGACCGAGAGGGAGGAGAGUGAGUGGGAGGAGAGUGAGAGGGGGGAGAGCGACAGUGGCAUGAGUGGCGAGGUUGAGCAGGACAGCUGGCUGGGUGAGGGGACGGCAAUCGGGACAAUGCAGGUCCAGAAGUUGAAGGAUGGAGGGGAAAGAACGGCAGAGGAUGAAUACGAGGAGGAGGGGAGCAGUAAGGAGGAGGAGGGGAGCGAUGAGGAGGAGGAAAGUGAUAUUUAUGUGAGAGGGGACGAUCUGAGGGGUGAUGACCUGAGGGACGAUGACCUGAGGGGUUCCAGUGGCAGUCUAGGGGAUGCCAUGCCUGGUGUUCGUGCUGCAGCUACUCCCAUGCCCGGCGUUCGCGCCACAGCAACGCCCAUGCCUGGCGUGCACGACAUGCCUGAUGUGCGUGCCACAGCUACACUCAUGCCCGGUGUGCGCGCUACAGUCACACCCAUGCCCGGCAUGGCUGGGGAGAACAGCAGGCAGCAGCAGCAGCAGCACCACGGGAGAGCUGCUGUCAGCAGGGGCCACUCGCGUGGAGCGACUGAGGGGGCUGCGUUUUACACCCCCGUUGAAGGGGCAACUGCGUUUUACGGCCCACCAACUGAGCAUGCGGCCUUCUUCGCCCCCCCUACUGACGGGGCUGCGUUUUACGCCCAAGCUGUAGGGCGCUCCCAGUCCCACAGGCACGCUGCAAGCCCCUCCCACUCGUAUUACAGGCAGGCUGUAAGUCACGGUCGCAGCCUGAGCCACGGCCCUGGGGGGUGGGCUGUCACUGACCCUCACUUUGCUGCUGCUGAUCAAGCUGGGACGGAGAGCGGUUUGGAGGUGUGGCGUGCGGUCAUGCAGGGGUAUGGGGAAGGGGGUGUGGGCGCAGUGGGGAUGGGGUAUGGGGAGCAGGGUACACGGACAGGGAUGCAGUAUGGGGAGGGGGGUGGGGGAGCAGCGGGAAUGGGGUAUGGGGAGGGGGAUAAUGUGGGGGAAGCAGGGAUUGAGUAUGGGCUGGGAGGCAGUGAACAAUCAGGAGCAGUGAUAGCCUGUGGGCCGUGGCAGGAAGGGGGAGAGGGGGUUGUGGGGGGGAGUCAGAGGCUGGUGGUGGCGAGUGGGAGUGAGAGGGACGGCGAUAGGAGCAGUGUGGGAGACAGGAGCAGUGUGGGGGAUGGGAGCAGUGUGAGUGUGGGGGAUAGCCUGGUGUCGCUUCUGAGAAUUCUGAAAAACGAGGGGGAGGGCGAUGGGAGCAGUGUGGCGGAUAGUCUAGCAAGCAGCAUGGAUGGUGGUGGUGGUGGGGGCAUGCCGGGUAUGGCCGAUGGGAGGUCUGGUAUGGGUGAUGGGAGAAUGAGUGUGGGUGAUGGGAGAAUGAGCGUGGGUGAUGGGAGAAUGAUUGUGGGUGAUGGGAGAAUGAGUGUGGGUGAUGGGCGUUCAGGGAUAGCCGAUGCGAGGUUUGCGCAUGCUCUCAUGGAGCAGGGAGCAGAGCGAGCAGCAGAGUGGACAGUGGGGUAUGCAGCAGAACAAGCAUCAGAGCAGGCAGCAAAGCAGGCAGCAGAGCAUGGCUAG